AUGUGGCGCGCGCUGCUCCGCGCCGGGAGCGCGGCCCCCCGGAGCGGCCCUGGCGUGAGGGGAGAGCGGCGGGUGCCUUCAUUGUCUGCCUUCAGUGGAACGUGUGCUACCAUCACGAUGCCUGAAGUAAACACAGAUCACCUGGAUGAGCAGCAGGUGCAGCUCUUGGCAGAGAUGUGCAUCCUUAUCGACGAAAAUGACAAUAGGAUUGGAGCAGAGACCAAGAAAAACUGUCACUUGAAUGAAAACAUUGACAAAGGUUUACUGCACCGAGCUUUCAGUGUUUUCUUAUUUAAUAUGGAAAAUAAACUGUUGCUGCAGCAGAGGUCAAAUGCAAAAAUUACAUUUCCAGAUUGUUUUACCAACACUUGUUGCAGCCAUCCUCUAAGCCAUCCACAAGAACUGGAAGAAAAUGAUGCCAUUGGUGUUCGGAGAGCAGCACAGAGACGACUGAAAGCAGAGUUGGGAAUUCCCAUAGAGCAGGUAACUCCAGAAGAAAUCUCCUACCUGACACGAAUUCACUACAAGGCCAAGUCUGAUGGGAUCUGGGGAGAACAUGAGAUAGACUAUAUCUUAUUUGUGCAGAAGGAUGUGACACUGAAUCCUGACCCCAACGAGAUCCAAAGCUACUGCUACGUGACACAGAAAGAACUGAAACAGCUCUUGGACAGAGCUGCCAGGAAUGAAGUUAAGAUUACUCCAUGGUUCAAGCUGAUAGCAGAGACCUUUCUUUUUAAGUGGUGGGAUAACUUGAAUAACUUGAACAAAUUUGUUGAGCAUGAAAAAAUACACAGAAUGUAAAUAUCUGGGAUAAAAGGUGCUGAAGGCUAGCAAUGCUGUGUUGUCUCAUUAACACUGAUAAAUCAUGACUUAAGUGCAGAUAAUUGAUCCACAUCGAGCACGUAUAGUUUAUACAGAUGUUGUCAUAGUCAAUGUUUUUUCUUCUGUCACCUCUUUCCCCUCAUCCUUGGUUCUCUUGGGCCUGUUAUGAUCUCAUGUAAAAUGGGUUACAGGAACAAGAAACCCCUGAGUUCCUCUUCUUCCAAUGCCUGGGUAAAGAUCUUCAGCCUAUGUGUGCCCUGCACACCUGGGAGAGAGCCCAGGCACUUUCAGCUCAGGCAGAAGGACUGGGCAUGACUGUGGGCUCUGCUAUGAUGUUGAGAAGACCAAUUGCCAGAAGAAAAAAACAAUUCAAAGUAAUCAGGGUUAUUUUGAAUUGCAGAAAACAAAUCUUUUCAGCUACUGUACUCUAUAAUUAACCAAACUCAUAAAAGCUUAAGUAAUUGGAUUGCCUGGGUGGAGUAAGUUUGACUUUGAAGUGCUGACAUAUGUGUUAAAGCUUUAGAUAAUAAACAGUGCUUGGGGAUUUUCUCCCCACCAGGCUUUUCUGGUUAGUUGAUGGCUGAGUACUGACAUCUCAAAUUUUAAAAAAGGGUUAAUUACAGCAAAUGUAAUUGGCAUCUGUCUAAUGUCAGUAGUCUGUCUUUGGAGACAGGAUAUGCACUAGAUGGCUCUUUUCCAUUUUCCACAGAACAAAAGCACCUUGAUACAAGGGCUUUGCUUUUCCUGUAAUAGUCAUUCCCAGACAACUCAAACCCACUGAACCCCAAAAUUCAAGACUGGCAAUUUGUGGGUUUACACAGGGUCUUGAUGUCAGUUAAUGAGAAAUUGUACCAGAGCUAAUCCUUUUUGAUCUUGCAGUCAAUCAGUUGCUAGUAACUUAGGAGCCUUUUUUCAGUAAGACAAAUACUCAAGGGUGCUUCAAUUUUAUAGUCUUAUGAAGAAGUGUUUGUCAUACCACUUAUCAUUACAAGUAAACAUAGUUAUAAUCGAUUCUGUGGCUGGAUUUGGGGUAAAAUUAACUUUUUCCAGUGGUCGUUUCUCUUUCUCAUCCCUGUUGUGACUGCAGCACUGAAGCUUCCAUGUACCAGCACCUGCAGUGGUUCAACACUUGAAGGUUUUAGAGCCAAGUUUGUUGCGUAUUGGCCAGAACUGAUGUAUUGUUUCAAAGCAAAUAGUAUCAGGUGAGGGAACAGUGAUGUGAUGUAGCAGCUCUCCUGAAUUCAGUGCACUCGGCCAUAUUACCCAGUGAAGGCAAUGGAGAAGUUCUCAAAUAUUUUUUAAAU